CAAAGACAAGCCUGCUGAGUGCACGAUUACUCUCAAGAUAGAUCCGCGGGUGAAGAUCGCUCAAUUCCACUAAGGCGGUGAUACUGUUUGGAGGCCUAUUGACUGUUACCAACAUUAUGAAUAGACAAGCGACCUAGAUCCCUCCCAAGCCUACGCCAAGACACUCCCUGCUGCGACUUCCAUCACAACAUCUCGCCGAAUCUUCAUCGGAGCUCCAAUUCGCAAACUUGCUAGCUGACUUAUUACGAAACAUUCAGGCCCUGGACCGCAGCCUCUGCGAGGCAUGUCUGGGUUCCCCGCACAACAAGCACAAACUCGAAACGCAGUGUUAGCGUCGGCGCGAUUGCCAAACGGAAAGCUCGGAAACAGUGCCAACUGGAAUUUCAACUUGCCCAUGAGCGGUACCCCAAAUCUUCAGAACAACCAGCAGCGCAAUAUUGGUGCAAUGGGAACUUUCGCGCAAAGUAUUGGCGGAUCACAACCUGCUACGCCACUAGAUCUAUCAGAAUUCCCCUCCCUAUCAGGGGCACCCCAAGUAUCUCAACCUCAAAAUCCGGGGCAGCUAGCUUGGGCAAACGUCAGCCAGCGAGUCGCGCAACAGACCCCCGUGCAAAGACAACAUCCUCCUACGUCCCAGGCACCCUCACGAGCUUCACAAACACAAUCUCAUACCCCGCAACCUCAGUCUCAGCCAUCACAUGACGACUUAUUCCCGUCUGGAACCCAGUUUGCGAGUCGGCUGGACGACUUUAGGAACGGCGGACAAGGAAUCAGUGGUCAAUUAGGGGCUGGUGGCCAACCGCAAACCGGCAGUAUUGACGAGUUUCCACCUCUUGGACGAAGCGUGCAGGGUGCGGGGUUUGGUAACUACAAUAGUGGUAUCGCAUUCUCUGGUGUGUCCCAGGCGCAAGCUACUCCAGGUCGCACAAUGAUGGCAGCAUCCAUAAACGGACAGGAGACGGCGAGAAUGAUGUCUCCUGUAACGGCAGCGUCGGGCGGUAUCGCGACGACACGGUCACCUGCGGCGCAAGGUCCGAACGGGGUUAUCAGUCCAGAAAAAGAUGACUUGAACACCGCCAUGAUGUCGAACCAGCGCGCUCAGGGUGUCACUGGUGAUGCGCAGGAAUCCCCUGCUGUCAGCCAGAGCGCUGAGCAGCCACCGCUAUCUCAAAUGAGUGAGAUUGAUAAGUUCGGGCUUUCCGGACUGCUCCGCAUGAUCCAUAGCGAAAGCCCAGACGUUGCAAGCCUUGCAGUAGGGCAAGAUUUAAUGACAUUGGGCCUAGACCUGAACCAGGCAGAACCUCUUCAUACCUCAUUUGCGUCGCCAUUCGUCUCGUCUAUGUCAGCUGUACCUCUAGAACAAGACUUUUCGCUUCCUUCUUGCUACAGUGUUGCCAAUAUUCAACCACUACAGUCGCGCAUUCCUAGCUUCAGUGACGAGACGUUAUUUUACGUAUUCUACAGCAUGCCAAGAGACAUAAUGCAAGAACUUGUAGCGGAGGAGCUCAUGGGUCGCAAGUGGAGGUAUCACAAAAUAGAGCGAUGCUGGCUGACUCGGGAUGAGACAUACCCUGGACCCGUUGACGUUGAGCGGGGUGUCAGCGAGCGUGGUGUCUAUCUUCUAUGGGAUCCUGCCAGUUGGAAGAAGGUCAGGCGUGAGUUCAUCCUGCGGUAUGAGGAUCUGGAUAACCGGCUGGAUCCGAAUAGAGGCCUUACGCGCGCAGUCGGGUUCUCGCAUCACGCUUCAUGAGUCUCGGUUUGAAGCGGGUCUAAUUUAUCAGCGGCGGCGUUUGGUCGAACACCUACUUCUAUGUAAGACCAGAUGCUGCCAGCCGGAGCAGUCGCCUCGGAGACGAGGAAUUCUGCUUUAUUUGGAAUGGACUGUAUUCCGUACAGAUAGCCAGGAUAUUAUAUCCUAACCUGAAUGAUUUGAAUGACCUGCGCAAAGACCCUCAUUGUAACGACCAACAUUUUCUAUUUCGUAUUCACUAACCGUACCCUGUUGAGUUCCCAACCGAGUACGGAGGUUAAACGAUACCAAUAUU